AAAAAAAAUCCCGGAGAUGCUGUCGUCGCCUGGGAAAACAAACAGCCAUCCAGACAAUUAAGGAGGCACCGAUCGGUCGCCAGGUAAGGAGGAGGAUUGUGGACUUGACCUGCGGCAUCACUUCGUGAGACAUCGGCAUCGAUCUGGAGGCAUCUGAUGAGAGAAUGAAUGCUGAUGACUGCAAUGGACGUUCAUAUUCACAAGGUAAUGGAGGAGAAUCAGCAGCAGAACAGAAUUUUUAUGGCAGGCUGCCGGGCCCUUCCACGAUAUCUCCCAACAGCCAGCACUCUUCGCCCCAUCGCUCUCUCAGUGCAAACUCCAUCAAGAUUGAGAUGUGCAGCGAUGAUGAGUCAUCAGGUAUCCCCCAGUCAGAGAGCAAAGAGGCUGUGAGGGCUGACGGCGGGAAGGACUGCAGAGGGGACCCCGUGAAAGAAGGAGGUGUAGAGAUUGCUCUGGCUGGAUUAGACAGACAGAGCAUUUAUAAUGAGACAACCACUUCUAACCCUGCUUCACCUGGACCUAUCCGGCUGCCCAAUGGAAAGCUCCAGUGUGAGGUGUGUGGAAUGAUCUGCAUUGGACCCAAUGUGCUGAUGGUCCACAAGCGCAGCCACACAGGUGAACGUCCAUUUCAGUGCAACCAGUGUGGAGCUUCAUUCACCCAGAAGGGAAACUUGUUGCGCCACAUCAAGUUGCAUUCAGGAGAGAAACCUUUCAAAUGUCCGGUUUGCAAUUAUGCUUGCCGCCGAAGAGAUGCCCUCGCUGGUCAUCUACGCACACAUGCAGUUUCCUCUCCGGCGGUGGGGAAACCUUUCAAGUGCAGCUACUGUAGUCGCAGCUACAAACAGCAGAGCACACUUGAGGAACAUCUGGAGCGCUGCCAUAGUUAUCUGAAGACUCUGGACCCCCAGACUGCCAUCAAUACCCAAACAGCAGAGGAAUCAGCGAAUAUGGAGCCAGCUACUAAACCUCGACUGCAGCCAUCCAGUGAGAAAAUCCAGUUUGUGGAUAGACUACCUGUUAGCAUAACCAAACGCAAAAGGUCAACACCACAGAAGUUUUUGGGUGAGAAGCACAUGCACCUUGACCCACCAGAAGCACCUUAUGAACUGUCGUCUGGCUCUGAGAAGGAUGGGGACCUCAUGAGCUCCCAUUCUGCUGGGGAAUCAGCUGGGCUGGGUGGCUCGCACCUCCACUAUCCCCGGAGAAAAGGCGUGAACCAUGACUCUGCUGCUCUUUCUCAACUCCAUCCAGGCUUUGCGGCAGGGCUCCGCACAGUUGUGGGCUCCAUCAACAGCAACAUGACUCCUCAGGGCCCCCGAGGCCACGGUGGAGGAGGGCUGGCAGCAAUAUCUCUCGGCCUGCCUGGGCGGGAGACCGGAGAGAGCCGUGAUGAUCAGCCCUCAGCACAGAGUCACACCGCCUCACCUAACGGCUGUCCCGACUCUACGGACACGGAGAGCACAGCAGAGGAGCACAGCACAAGGGCUGCAGCCCCUACAAGUACCUCCAACAACCACCACCUCCACUACCAAACUCCAGCACUGCCCCGCAGCCAUCCCACCUCCAGCCCCAUGCAGGCCAAAGACUUGGACGCAGAAUGGGAGAGAGGGGGUCCGGCGCCCCCCACUGUAGUAAAGAGGAGCCCUGGCUCACCUAUUUCUUCCAGGGACCCUUUGCAGGUGUUAGACAGGGCUGGCAGGCCCGUGCGCUCCUUCUACUGCCAGUACUGCCGCAUCCUCUUUCUGGACCACGUCAUGUUCACCAUCCACAUGGGCUGUCACGGCUUCCGACAACCAUUUGAGUGCAACAUCUGCGGUCACCCCAGCCAGGAUCGCUAUGAAUUCUCAUCUCACAUCAGCCGUGGAGAGCACCAGGUGGGCUGAGGACAGGAGAUCACGGUUGCAUGACGAGAGGCAUCUAUUGCUCUCUAAAAUUGUGGGCUCACGUUUGUUCUGCACCAGAUUAGUUACUUUAAAUCCCUAUUAUAUGGAAAAUGAUUUUUGAUUUUACUACAAGAGUAUAUACUAUAUUAAGGCAGAUGUGAGUGGAAAGGUUUUUUUUUCAGACCAGUCUAAUUUUAGUGGAGGCAAAUUACAUUCUAUGAUUGAGUGCACUCCAAUAUUAAAUCAUAUUGCAAAGCUAUGAGUUUUGCUUUAAAAGUGCCUUCUUUGGGGAUUUCCUCUCAACAAGAAAAGAAAAAAAAAGGAGCGAACUGGUGCUCAAGAAUCUUGACUAGCCAUCUUUUCCUAAGUGAUUUUUAAGUAGUAGUCACAAUUAGGAGAUCAUAUUCACAUGCAGUUUUGGAAAGCAUGUUGAUUUAAAACAAUUUUAUUACCUUGUGCGCACUAAGAGUUUUGCUUUUUUUGGUGGAGGAGGGUAUUUUAUGUAGUGUGUCAGCUAAGCUUUAUAUGCACUGAGAGCUUUGUGCCUCUGGGUGUGGGAAGAGCUUUUGUCACAGACGAAGCACAGACAUGGAUUGCCUUAACUUCUGCAGUGGUACACUACUGUACGAAUGCAUACUGUUUACAGCAUGAUUUAACAUUGUUUGAAGUCAGCUUUGAGAAAAGAUUAUUCAGGAUAAAGCAAAAUCAUGGGGGAAAUGAGGGUGAAAUAGGGCUCAAACCUAAAAUUAGAUGUUGGAUAUUAAAGUGAGUUUUAGAAUACUGGUGCAGAUCAGACCAUGAGCCAGCUCGCAUGUUAAAAGCCUGACUGAUUGAGCCCAGGGUGCUGUACCUCCCUACAGGAUUGCACUUUUAGGUUCCCUGCCUGUAUAUGAACGUCUAUGCUGAAGCACUUCAUGGCUUUAAAAAAAACAACAAAAAAAAAAGUUUUUUUUUGUGAUUGUUCUACUGCACUGAUAAAUGGCUUAAUACUUACAAUAACUGAACAUCUAAUUAGCAACAAAAGAGUAUUUUUAACGGAGCCGGCCUUCUACAGUGUCCCACUGCGUUGCAAAGGGAAUACGGUCUGCACUCGAGUUUGCUGCAAUUUGUGACUGUGAAAUAAAUGUUAGUUCAACUAAAACAAUUCUUUUGUGGUUUUGCACUCAGCAGUUGCGGAUAAAUUUUAAACAAUUUCCAUAUUAUAAGUGUGUUAUAAGAAAUUAUUUAAAUAUUAAUUGACUACAAAUCGGUUUGGAUCUAUUCAUUUAUCACUUGUGAUUAUCGGUUUAGUGUUGUUUGUUUCAGCCUUGGUGUAUUUAAUCAGCUAUAUUCCAAAUCUUAUCCAGCAUAUUCCUCAAGUCCAUGAAAUGUUACCUCCUGCUUCUUUAUAGCACCCAAAUACCUUAUUGCUACUGUACGGUGAGUUAUUUGAUAAUAUUAAUGUUGGGAACAUGAAUGAGACCAAACUCAGUAUUCUUACUUAUUAUUGUGGAUUUGCUGCUUCAUAGUUCAACUUGAUUUCCUUAAAUAGCAAGCAAAAUGUACUUGAAACAGUUUGGGGGGGAAAAAAAUCUAAAAUGCACUUGGGUUUGAAAAAUAAAGAAGUGUGUGUGUGUGGCUGGAUGAGUAAGCGUGUGUAUGUGUGUGUAGCAUGUGUGCUCGUCAUUUUACCUGAGUCGUGAAUUAUUUUUGAAAAGUGAAGUAAUUCUAAGAAGUGGAAAUGAGGCAUGGGUUUUUGUCUCCUUGUGUGAACUCAAUGUUCUAAAAUAUUUUGUGAAUGACAUGACAAAACACUUUACCUCAAAGUUCAAGAUGUACAACUGCCUCAUUAGUUCAAAAGUCAUGUUGCUUUUCAAGAUGUUCUUGCAGUUACAAAUGUGUGCCCCUUGAUAUU